AGCGCGGUAGGGCCAGGGUGGGAAGGCCAGAGUGGGCGUCCCAGCCAGUGACCCCAGGCCGCCCGCCCGCGCCCAACCCAGCUCCAGCCGAGUGUCCGAACCAAAAGCGAAAGGAACCCGACCCCCGCGUCCUCUCUGGCGGCUCCGGCGUCGCGUCCGCUGGGAGGUCGCCGCGCGCCUCCGACCCUGCCGGGCAGCUUUGUGACUUCACUCGUUUCGCAACAAGCCCGGGCCGCCCGCGCCCCACCCACUCUGGCCCGGCAGCCUCGCCGCCCGCCACCUCGCUCCGCUUCUCGUGCUUCCCCUCCCUCCGGGGCUGGGCCUGUCCCGGCCGUCGCGGAGCCUCCCCUCCCACCGUCCGUGACCGUCCGCGCCCGGCCGCCGCCUCCAGGCAGCCCGGAGCAACCCGGCGCCUGGCCUGGCUGGGCGCAGCACUCUGUUGGCGGCGGCGGCGCGAUGCUGUGCUUCCUGAGGGGAAUGGCUUUCGUCCCCUUCCUCUUGGUGACCUGGUCGUCAGCCGCCUUCAUCAUCUCCUACGUGGUCGCCGUGCUCUCCGGGCACGUCAACCCCUUCCUCCCCUACAUCAGUGACACAGGAACAACACCUCCAGAGAGUGGUAUCUUUGGAUUUAUGAUAAACUUCUCUGCAUUUCUUGGUGCAGCCACGAUGUAUACAAGAUAUAAAAUAGUAGAGAAGCAAAAUCAAACCUGCUAUUUCAGCACUCCUGUUUUUAACUUGGUGUCUUUAGUCCUUGGAUUGGUGGGAUGUUUCGGAAUGGGCAUUGUCGCCAAUUUUCAGGAGUUAGCUGUGCCAGUGGUUCAUGACGGGGGCGCCCUUUUGGCCUUUGUCUGUGGUGUCGUGUACACGCUCCUACAGUCCAUCAUCUCUUACAAAUCGUGUCCCCAGUGGAACAGUCUCUCGACAUGCCACAUACGGAUGGCCAUCUCUGCCGUUUCUUGUGCAGCUGUCGUCCCCAUGAUUGUCUGUGCUUCACUAAUUUCCAUAACCAAGCUGGAGUAUCCAAGAGAAAAGGAUUAUGUAUAUCACGUAGUGAGUGCGAUCUGUGAAUGGACAGUGGCCUUUGGUUUUAUUUUCUACUUCCUAACUUUCAUCCAAGAUUUCCAGAGUGUCACCCUAAGGAUAUCCACAGAAAUCAAUGGUGAUCUUUGAAGAAAGAAGAAUUUGAUCUCACUCAGUGAAUGUUGCAGGACAUUUCUAGAAGUGCUACAGAGGACAGACAGGGUUUUGAGGCCGCCCUGAUUAUUGGGAUGCAUCUGCAGCACAUCCAGGACUUGAAUUUCGUUAAGAGUUCCUAAUAGUUGUACUGUUUCUAAAGAUGUGUUUCCUAGAGAAUGUACAGCCUUACGACACUGUAGUGAUGUUUUUAUAAUUUUCUAAGUAGAUUUUUUUAUAUUAACAAAUUCAUAUACAGAAAAAAUAAGGUAUUACAAAAAAAUGGAGAGCUCUUAUUUUUGUACAGAUUCUGUCGUUUUUUUUAAUUUGUGUGCGAUUUAUGGAAAUACAUUAAAUGAGUAAUUUAGGUUCAGUACAUUUGUUACAAAGUGAAAUCAGGGGAUAUUCAUUUGUAAAUUUUAUUCUUAAUGAAUGAACUGUAUAAUUUUUUUAUCACAAGAACAUUUAUAAAAUUCAAUUUAUAAAGAUCAUAUACCCAAAUCAUAAAAAUUUAGUUAAUACAUUAACACUAAGAUACUGAUUUUUAGCCGAACUAAGCAAAGUGCUUCAACUGAGAGGCCUUUAUACCACCAUGUACAGUAACUCUAAGUGAAUAUGGAAGACCUUGGUUUUGAAAUUCUGCCACCCACCUUGUUUCUCCCUGCUCAUGAGGCCGCACCUUUUGCUCUUGCUGCUAACUGGCCAUUCGUAGUGAGUGUAAUUACAGGUGGAAUGGUUUCAGUAAGUCAGGUGAAAGCCACCCUUUAUUGUUUUUGGCACAACUUGAUAUGUAGUCUGACUCAGAACUGAAACUCACAUCUCAAAUUCAUUUCAUGCCAGUAAAUGUGGCAAAGAGAACAAAGGCCCAAGAGCGAGACAAGGAGAAAGGAGAAAGGGGCAGCCAAGAAGAACUUCUGGGUGAGGGUGCUAUUUAUAUGCUCCUCCUUUUCAUGCCUGUGACUGGAUGUCCCUCAACACUAUAGGAAAUAUGAGUCAAGCCCAUUGUAUUAAGCAAGAACUACAGACUCCGUCUUUUCACCCAAAUCAUGAAUGGCCAAUAAAAAGCAAGUUAUUCCAGAGGAGGAAGCAGCCCUUGAAAUGUUACGGCUUAGGCCUGAAAGGUGAAGAGCAGGAAUUCUGUCUUUCAAAGACCCUAGAGCAUAAACCCAUGUGUGGCCAAGUGGGAUCAGCCCUCAAGGGCACAUGCCAAGGGCAGAGCAGCCCAUGUAAACAGCUUCAGAGGGCAUGGGGGUGUAGGAGUUGGGGGUAGCUCCUCAUUAACUAUUUGUUGGGUGAGUAUAGGGGUGAGGCUCAGUGGCAGUCAGGUACCUCUGCAAUGGCAAGCUGUCUCCCCUCUACGUGUUUAGCAUAUGUUGUUAGAACACGUCCCGCACCCCUACCACUGCCAUGUAGGCCCUUUAAUAAGGCUGAGUAGAGAAAUCUGGCAAUAAAAGGCAAACAUAAGGAUGCUUUCUUUAAGAUGCACCAUAAAUGGUUUUCUUUAAGUGAAUGGAAGAGUUUGACAGAGAAACACCUUUGUAAGCAAACAUUAAGAAUGCUGGCUGGGUGUGGUGGCUCACACCUGUAAUCCCAGCACUUUGGGAGGGCCAGGCAAGAGGAUCGCUUGAGCCUGGGACUUUGAGUCCAGACUGGGAAACGUGGCAAAAUCCCUACAACAAAAAUACAAAAAUUAGCCAGGUGUGGUGGCAUGUGCCUGGAGUCCCAGUUACUUGGGAGGCUGAGGUGGGAGGAUCACCGGAGCCCAGGAGGUUGAGGCUGCAGUGAGCCAUGUCAGUGCACUCCAGUCUGGGCAACAGAGCAAGACCCUGUCUCAAAUAAAUAAAUAAAUAAAUAGAAUGCUAAUCAUUUCUGGGUUCACUGUGACUUGUUGUAAUGCUGGGGAUCUCCUUUGUAACACUGGAACUGAAAGACAGUGACGAACGCUAUGUCAAGCAUUCAUUAUUCUGAAGAGGAAUAGAAAUGCCACAUACCUUUCCCAUGGGACCUGUGGUGGAAUGAAUCCAUGGUUCUGCCUCACUUCGAGCAGACUUGUUCUCAGUACUCCUCACGAUGGAUAUUCAUGCUUCAUUUUCACAUCUCUCUGCACAAUUAGAUUGGGAGCUCCUUGAGGGCAGAGUGUGCCUUGAUCUUUAUCUUUGUAAUGCCACAAUGAACACAGUGCCUCCUGGUACACUGUAGGUGCUUAAGAAAUACUCACUGAAUGCAUGCAUGCAUGAACGAAUGAAUGAAUGAAUGAAGGAAGGAAUGACUAAGGAUGUUUGUAGUGCUAUAAUAUAGAAUGGGAUUUACUCUGCUUUACUAGUUAGUUUCUUAAUAAACAAAUAGUCUGCAUCGCCUGGUAA